ACGAAGCAUCGUGAAGUUGUUUGCAUUGCUUUGGAGAUGAAACCGUUUGUUGUAAUACUAUUGGCAGUGUUUUGUCACCGUACAAAAGGCGGCGCCGUCUCUCUACCAUUAAACUUGAAUGCAACAAUUAUGGCACAUGUUAAUAUGAGUAGUAUAAAAACGUAUAUAGACAAAAACUUCAAUGAGCGAUUACCCGCCUUAAUUAAGAAACACGUGAGACAAAUGGUAAGCUCAGAAGUUGAAAGAUCAACGGAACAUCUUACCACAACUUUGCAAAAAAAAAUUGGAAAAACCGUUGAUAAAACAAUGCAAACAAAACUGAAUGGUUUCGCUGAGCAACUAGGUUCAAUAGAACAAAAAAUUACGGAACUGGUCAAAUCAAAAAUAAGUGUGAUGUCCAAGCAGUUCGCCGAAAAAAUAUAUGCAGUGGAGCAUAAAAUGAAUGAGAAAUUGGACAAUGUUACGAAAGAAUUGACUGAAGAGUUGCAAAAGAAAAAAAAUAAUUGCAGUGAAACAUGUGAUAAGAGUGAAGGCAACUAUGAAUAUGCAGUCAUCUUUACUGAGCCAUACAGUUACUCUACUGUAAAACCAGUGUUGUAUAUUCAUGGACAUGACAAUGGAAACGUAACAAUAGAAUCAAACAGUUUCAAAAGUAGGAUGUCAAUAACUAGAGGAAAAAAUGAAAUCAUCUUGAAGAAAGAUGUUUUCACCAGAGAUGGGAUAGCAAAUAAAGGCAUACAUAUUACAUCAACAGUCCCUAUCACUGUUUAUGUUUUGCAGACAUACUCAAGUACAUCUGAUGGAUAUGCAGCAAUUCCAAUCAAAUACAUGUCAACUGAAUAUAUAGUUUCAUCUUUUACUGUGUGGAAACAUGAUGAACAUUAUUACAAUAGUUUUUUUGGAGUUGUAUCAUUAGGCGGAAAUACAAAUAUAAAAGUGCAUCUAAAAAUGAAGCAAGGGACAGUUAAAUUUAAUAGAAAAGAGUUUGGAAACGGUGAAAUUAUAGAAAUAAGUAUGUCUGCCUUCCAAACAUUACAAUUAUCGCAUAAUUAUGAUAUUUCGGGAACGGUGGUUUCAUCAUCUAAACCAAUAGGCGUUGUUUCAGGGAAUAUAUGCAACAAAGUUGACAAUAAUGCUUGCAGCCAUGCAACAGAAAUGAUGUUUCCUAUCAACCAGCUCGAUAAUGAGUUUAUAAUUCCUUUAAUCCAAACGCGACCAAAAAGUACCGACGACUAUUAUCUCCAGGAAAAGCUCAAAUCAAUGUUCAGCUCAAAGAUAGACGUUAUGACGUUCACCUCAAUGAGGGGGAGUAUCAUGACCUUAUCCACAAUGAUAUAUCAGUGGUUCAGUCAAUCGGCAAUCUUCUUGUGACAGUUUUUCCUCAUGAGG